AUGUAUUCUGUUAAUCAAUAUUUCGACUUCGAAAUGAUGUGCGGAUGUGGAAUACCAGCGAUGGAGAUGCUUGGCAGUGAAGAAGACUGGAUGAAAUUGAGUUCUCAGCUGAAAGUUUUAAGAACACUCUUAGAACACAUAGAGAACGACCUCGGCAUUUCUUCGAAAUGGUGGGAUCUAGUUCAGAAAGUGUUCUGGAAUCUGCAAGCCACUUAUCGGGGAAACCCAGAUGAAGAAUGGUGGAGUCAUAUUAUGAGCUAUCAAGAGGAAUAUGCUUCAGGUAUGUACGCUACUAGAAAUACGUACAUCGCAGGACCUCGCGAAGGACUUCGGGGGAAUUGACGGCAAGAUAAGGCAAUAGAAAAGAAAAUUUAUAGAUCUAAAAAUUUUAAGCUAUAUAAGGAAAGGAAACAAAAAAAAUGCAAUAACUAAAAGAAAGCUAUACGAAAAGAAAAAGAAAAAAAAGAAAAGGGGUGAAGAGAAAACCUUGGGACCUUCGACGCGCCGGGCCAUAUCGUUACCACUAGGCCACGUGAAACACAGAAAAUAUUUUAUUAAAACCCUUUCCCCUGGGACCGUCGAUAAAACCAGGAACACGGAACAUUCCGGAACAUGAAAAAAUAAAAAUAAUUUUCAUGAAAAAAAAAUAAUAAUAAAAUGAUUUCUAAAAAAAUUAAUAAUAACGUAAAAUAACCACAAAAAAAGUCGAAAAAUAAAGAAAUAAAGAAAAAGAAACUCGUACAAUCCCUAGUAUGAGAAAACAAUAUUUUGUCGCAAAUAAUUUGUUGGGCGAGUGUGCAGGGCCCAUGCAAAUGACAGUAAUUAGUGAAGGCUUGCUUCUAAAUUCAAACUAUAUUAUAAUGGGUCGCGAGGAGGAGGGUUUUCAAGCUUUCCUCACCCAGCCACAUCUUGUAUUGUUUGCCAUGUGGUUUAACGGUUAUCCAUUUAAGCUAUUUGAUAGUCUUAACUAUCAAAUUUAUACGUCGCAGAAGGUCUUCAAUAAAAAUUCAUUAUUACUCUGCAAGCGAAACCUAGAGCAAGGAAACAACUUUUUGCGAGAAACCACGUUUAUUGUGAAGAGUUCGUAUGAUGCAAUCAGCGCGAGUAGGCUACCUAAAGCUCUUUUAUUUGAGAUUGUAAGUCAGGUUUGACAAAGCAUUUCCCAGUUUUUUACUUUAUCUGAUUUAGGGAGUGCAUAUUCUCGAAAUUAAGGAAACAAAAAUAAUUUAAUUUUGUUUUGUUUCUAAGGAAUGUUUCCCACUGGCAAAAGUUUUAUCAGAGGAUGGAUCACAGAUUUCUUGGAGGGACCGCCAUAUGUAAGGCGGGACCUGUGGGGCCCUGGUGACUUUACAAGUGGCUUAGUGGCCGUUCCUUUCACUAUCAAAGAUCCCUGUGGUGUCCAGGAUACCGCGGCAUUAGUGGCAGGAAUGCUGGGUUUCACUGUUCACAGGAUACCCAACUCUGAUGAGGUGUCUGUACAACCAUUCCAAGGAUGGUCUCUUAUGCUGUCUGACGACUCGCCUUUUUGCAAAUUCUGA